CCCAGAAAUAUGGAGUCCAGUGAAUGAUUUCCACACAACGUUAGUAUCUUUAAUUUCACACCCAGAGUCUUUCCAAGAUUAUAAAUGAACCCUCCUAGGCUUUGUGGUCAGUGUAUUUGUUGCUAGACAGAAUCAAGAGUUCUCCAGGAGGGUACUACUGCCCUGGGGAUCUUAACAUCCUUUCCAAGGAAGUCAGCAAGAUCUGUAUCCUGGUGAGUGGACAGAUUUAUAAAAUAUCCUGUUUUAGUGCUGGUGCUGUGCAGUUGUUGGACACAUUCUCUGAUUUCUGGCCUCAGUAAGGUGAGCUGGUUCUUCCAGUUCAUUAUCUGUCCUGCUGUGUGAAUAAGGCACAAGUGGUGGAACAUGGUCAGCAUUUGAGUGAAUCAGCAGGGUCUUAUGCAAAAGGUUUGAGCUGUCAUCAGCUCCAUGAAUAGGGCUCUAAGGAACUUCUCAUCUGGAGAGAAGUUGGUGAAAGUGGCAGAAUUCCAGUUUUAACAGCUGCCACUCCCUUUAUUCAUGAGAACUGGAAGGAUUUCUCUCUCUGUUCACAAAAAUGUCUCAGGACGAUUUUUCCUCAAAUGCUUUUUGUCCACUUCUGCUCAAGUUUGGAAAAUUCUGCAAUAUCUUUUUCAGUAACAUGCUGUAAUACUCAUCAAUAUUGUUGAGUGUAUUGUGUACUGUUGGGGCCCCUACAACCCCAGUUUCUCAAUCUCAGAGGCUUUGUACCAAAACCAGGCCUUGAAGUCAGAUCUGAAGUACUUUUUUACAGUGUCUUGCAUCACUUGUUAUCUGAGAGGAGGAGGAGGGUCAGUACUAUGGGUAGGACACAGAUAAGUUUGUUGCUGUGGCUAUAAACCCACCUGUUCCUAGCAAAUUCCCUAAUGCUGAUCCCAGCAGAAAUGCCCAUUGCCUGUGUGCAGCACAUAUUCUCAUUUCAUCUGCUCCCAUGUACUUGCCCCUGCAGACUAAAAAGUGUCUGUCUGGUCUGUUGCUGUUUCUCUGGUCCUUGCUCUGGAACAAUGUUCCUCUUAUUUGCUGGUAAGGGGGAUGGCAGGAAUAUUGACAGGGAGUAUUUUUUCUGUGGUCUUGAAGUGUUAGUUCUCCCUUACCAGGGAGGGCUGCUAGCAGUUCCUAACCUUCCCCCCAGUAGGUUUUGAGCUUUGUACAUUUACAAAUGCGAAUGUGACUGUGCCAUGUAACUGUAACUGCAGAAUGAAUUCUCAUGUUAUGUGUUUCAGCAGUGUACGUUGAAACUGGGACAGCUUUUCUGUUUUUUGAUUGUACUUUGUCUUCCAGGAAAUUGGCACUAGAGUUAAAAAGCAGAUUUUAUUGCACAUUCAGUUGCUAUUGUGAUUGCCUGAAUGCAGCUCUUGGUUUGAUGGGAAAGAAACAGAAAUGCCUUAUUUGCAGUACUUACCUGAAUCUGGGAUUGGAUUAUUUUCUACUUCUGGUGCUGGUGUUUACCUUGGCACCUUUUUGGUCAGGCAGAGAGAAGUCAAGUCACUGAAUGUAGGAUGCCAUCUGCUCCUGUUUCCCCACUCGAAGGACAUUGAGAGAAUAAAAUUUCAAGUUGAGCGGGACCUCGGCUAAGGAAAGUGCUGCAUCCUUUCCUCUAAUCAGGAAAGGUGUUGGGAAAUACUGGGUGUGUCUUUGAUUUGUUUCCCAAGAGCUCAGCCUAGUCAUCUGCACAUGAGUGGAGAGGCAGGAGUUUCCAGCUGCAGCCCAAACCAACUCUCUUUAAGGUGUGGGUGACUGCAGGCUGAUGUUAGCUUUUCUUUUUGAUGUGAAGACUGUACUCACUUCUUCAAGUGCUUCUUACAUUUAUUAAUAAUAUUGCCAAUGCUUUACAUUUUACAAACCCCCUUUUCCCCGUGUGUCUCCUUCUCCAGUUCAGUAAUGGUAGGCUCCUUGUGUUGCAGGUCACAUGAUUCCAUGACACAUGUGUGUGUAUAUAUGUGAGGUGCCUGGGGACUCUGCUCAGACUGCUGAACUUCCCUCUUCAGAGCCACUCAUCAUUUCAGAGAAGUCACUUGCCACCAUGAUGCCUGGGGGCUUAUCUGACACCAAGCCAGCUACUCCAGACGUUCAGCAGCUUGUUAACCAGGUGAAGCCACAGUUUGAAAGCCGGGCAAACGUGAACUGUGCUGUCUUUACAGCCAUAGUAUAUAAGACUCAAGUGGUUGCAGGGACAAUGUACUUCAUUAAGGUCCAAGUUUCUGAUGGUGAUUAUGUCCACUUAAAGGUGUUUCAGAGUCUUCCCUAUGAGAACCAAGGUCCCAGCCUUGUAAGUUUUCAGACUGGCAAAACCAGAGAUGACCCUCUGACCUACUUCUAAGACAUGAUGACGUACAGUGCCUCACUCUGCAAAUCCUAUGGGGGUUCUGCCCACUACAGUAAAUAAAAUAAGUUUG